AUGGCGAGCAGCACAUCGCCGAUCUCGGCGUCGCGGGUGUCCUCGCGCGCGUCCAUCGUUGGAGCGCGCAGGAUCCCCGGCGCGCGCGGCGCGUCCACGUCGCGCGCGUGUUCCCGCGGCGGGCUGAUCACCACCGAGGCGAUAUUCGGACGCGGGCGCAAGGUCGAGUCCGUCAAGGUUGAGGAGCAGGUGGAGCAGGAGGUGGAGGCGCCCCCGGCGAUCGAGCCCCAAAUUCCCGAGCCCUCGUUGAAGGGCACGGAGCUGACGCUGUCCACCGACGAGUCGUGCGACGACGCGGACGAGUACUGCAGCUACUUCGACUUCGACUCUGACGGCCGGCUCGCCGAGCCGCUCGAGGCUGCGAUCCCGAUGGAUUACUACUCCCUCCUGCAGUUAGACUUCGAGGCGACGGACAAGGACGUGAAGCGCCAGUACAGGCAGCUGCAGAAGUGGUGCCACCCCGACAUCGCGGGCGAGGCGGGCAACGACCUGUCCAUCAUCCUCAACGAGGCUUACGACACCCUCAUGGACGAAAAAACCAGGCGAGUUUACGACAAGGAUCUCAAGGAGAUGAGGAAGCAGAUGGACCUCGCGAUGGAGCUCGGCGCCGAUUUCAAGCCGUACACCGGUCAACCCAUGUCCAAGUUCGUCGGGCAGGAUCCCACGGAGAGGGGCUCGAACGCGCGCGCCGUAUUCGUCAACGAAGCCGCGUGCAUCGGCUGCCGGCAGUGCAACCACUCCGCUCCCAAGACGUUCAUGAUGGAGGACGAGUGGGGCAGGGCCCGGGCGUUCCAGCAGUGGGCCGACUCCGAGGAGGACAUCACGAUAGCCAUAGAGUCGUGCCCGGUGGACUGCAUAUACUGGGUCAAGCAGCGCAACCUGCCCAUCCUCGAGUACGCCAUGCAGCGAGUCGAACGCGUCUCCGUGGGGAUGAUGAACCAAGGGUCCGCGCGAGUCGGAGACCCGUUCGACGUCGCAAACACCAUGAUCCGCAAGGGCGAGGAGGAGCGCAUGCGCGUGGGCAUGGACGCCGCCGGCGCCGAGGCUGGGAUGGCGUCCGCCGGCAAGCUCGGUUCACGUAUCCGACUCGCGUGGCUCAACCUGGGCGAAAACGUCCGAGGGAGGUGGAGCGCGUACGACGAGGCGAGGAGCUCGUACAUGGCGUCGAUGUCGUUCGACGAGGACGACGGUAGUUUGGACGACAUCAUGGAGGACCCGUGCCCGAACGACGAGUGCAUGAUCGACGAGGGCGACAUCGAGAUGUCGCCCAAGGAGGCGGGCGCCAAGGGAACGCCGUUUAGAAACGAGGCGGCGCAGCCAAAGGACUUCGACUUUGAGUGA